CCUCCCCUCCCGCCCCCCGAAACUCCGAUUCAGCAAAAAGAGGCUUCGCUGACAUUGUUUUGCGCUGUAACAACGCGGCUGCGGCAGGGCAGAGCGGGGCAGGGGCGCAUGUGGGCGCUGUUUUGGUGGCGAAAUGCUGAUCCUCUCGAGGUAACAGCAAGUAGCCGCCACUAUGUCGAUAGAUUAUUCGAUCUUGAUCCUCAGAAAGUCCUGCAAGGUGUCAUAGAUAUGAAAAAUGCUGUAAUUGGAAACAACAAACAAAAAGCCAACUUGAUUGUUUUGGGAGCAGUUCCAAGGUUGCUGUAUUUGCUUCAGCAAGAAACCUCCAGCACAGAACUGAGAACAGAAUGCGCAGUGGUCCUUGGAAGCCUCGCAAUGGGUACAGAGAAUAAUGUCAAAUCCCUACUAGACUGCCAUAUUAUCCCAGCCUUAUUGCAAGGAUUGCUGUCGCCAGAUUUGAAGUUUAUUGAAGCUUGCCUGCGAUGUCUCCGUACUAUUUUCAUCAGUCCUGUAACUCCAGAGGAUCUAUUAUAUACAGAUGCUACAGUUAUCUCCCACCUCAUGGCACUGCUCAGUAGGUCUCGAUAUACACAAGAAUACAUAUGUCAGAUCUUCUCACAUUGCUGCAAAGGUCCAGAUCACCAGACAAUCUUAUUUAACCAUGGAGCUGUUCAGAAUAUCGCACAUCUGUUAGUCUCCACCUCCUACAAAGUUCGAAUGCAAGCAUUGAAAUGCUUCUCAGUUCUAGCCUUUGAAAACCCACAGGUAUCAAUGACACUUGUAAAUGUGUCGGUUGAUGGAGAACUGUUACCACAAAUUUUUGUGAAGAUGUUACAAAGGGACAAGCCUAUUGAAAUGCAGCUCACAUCAGCCAAAUGCCUUACUUCCAUGUGCAGAGCUGGAGCAAUACGGACAGAUGAUUCUUGCAUCGUUCUUAAGACUCUGCCAUGUUUGGUUCGAAUGUGUAGUAAGGAAAGACUUCUUGAGGAGCGAGUAGAAGGAGCAGAAACACUGGCCUAUUUGAUUGAAACAGAUGUGGAGCUCCAGAGAAUUGCCAGCAUUACUGACCACCUCAUUGUCAUGCUUGCUGACUACUUCAAGUAUCCCAGCUCAGUGAGUGCGAUCACUGAUAUCAAGAGGCUUGACCAUGAUUUGAAGCACGCCCAUGAACUGCGCCAGGCUGCUUUCAAGCUCUAUGCUUCCCUGGGAGCAAAUGAUGAAGAUAUCAGAAAAAAGAUCAUUGAGACCGAAAAUAUGAUGGAUCGUAUUGUUAAUGGCUUGUCUGAAUCUAGUAUCAAGGUGCGAUUAGCUGCAGUCAGAUGUUUGCACAGUUUGUCCCGUUCCGUACAGCAGCUCAGGACAAGUUUUCAGGAUCAUGCUGUAUGGAAACCUUUAAUGAAGGUUUUACAGAAUGCUCCAAAUGAAAUUCUCGUAGUAGCAUCUUCCACGCUAUGCAAUCUUCUUCUGGAAUUCUCUCCAAGCAAGGAGCCUAUUUUAGAAUCAGGAGCCAUAGAACUUCUAUGUAGUUUAACACAGAGUGAAAACCUUGCCUUGCGAGUAAAUGGCAUUUGGGCUUUAAUGAAUAUGGCGUUUCAAGCAGAACAGAAGAUCAAAUCAGACAUCUUACGAGGUCUGAGUACAGAGCAGUUAUUCCAGUUGCUUUCUGAUUCUGAUGUAAAUGUUCUGAUGAAAACUUUGGGACUGCUCAGGAAUCUUCUAUCUACUCGCCCACACAUAGACCAUAUAAUGAGCACUCAUGGGAAGCAAAUCAUGCAAGCAGUGACCCUGAUUCUGGAAGGGGAGCACAAUAUAGAAGUCAAAGAGCAGACAUUAUGUAUACUUGCCAAUAUAGCAGAUGGGACAACAGCAAAAGAACUGAUUAUGACCAAUGAUGACAUCCUUCAGAAAAUCAAAUACUACAUGAGUCAUUCAAAUGCUAAACUUCAGCUUGCUGCCAUGUUCUGUAUAUCUAAUCUCAUAUGGAAUGAAGAAGAAGGUUCACAAGAACGCCAAGAUAAACUACGAGACAUGGGAAUAGUAGAUAUUCUACAUAAAUUAAGUCAGUCAUCGGAUCCAAAUCUGUGUGACAAGGCGAAGACAGCACUCCAGCAGUAUCUUGCAUGAUCAAAGACUGAUUCUAUGGACACCCCUCAUGUCUACUUAAGGAAUAGCAGGAGAUAUUCCUGACUCCUUAUAUUUGCACAAGUCACCUUGGGCUGCGUUUUUCUCAGGUGCAGGGAGCUGCUUUGCAGAAACAGUUUAAAUGAUCAGGUCUCCAGUGCACUUGAGAAUUUUCUUGAGGUAGUUUCUUUACUCAGAGGACUCUUGGGGGGUUGUUUUGGGGUUUUGGGUUUUGGUUUUUUUUUUUUUCCUGAGCUACCUGGACUUUCGGAUAGAACAAUCAGUCAUCACUUUCCUUUUGGGCCUACAAUUUUCUGCUUUUGCUGCAGCCUGUGUGUGUGGAUGUGUGUGGAUGUGCCUGAGUGUGUGCUUGGGUGAAUGUGUGCGAGUGUGAGACCUGUUUUGUUUUUCCUUUUUUUUUGUGUGUGUGUGAAAAUCUUUUUCUACAGGUUUUCAAGGAUUAACCAUUGUUUUGCUGUACGAAUACUUCAAUGAAUUAUAUACAGUUUGAAUGAAAUGUUAUUUAAAAAGAAAAACCAAACUGUUGUAUCCCAUAAAGUUUAUUUUGAAUUUUGAACAGAUGAAUGUUUUUAAGUAAAAUAUAUAUGCAUUUCUGAACUUC